AUGAGUAACUACGGCAAUCAACAGGGCGGUGGCUACGGCCAAUACGACCCCUACAACCAGCAGAACAACCGUUACGACCCUCCUCAACCAUCGCGCGACUUUCCUACUCAAGCACAGCGUUAUAACGAUGUUGAGUCCGGAAACGGUGGUUAUGAAAUGGGCCAGGCAAACAACACUGCCAGCAUUCUCAACAAGUGCACGGAAAUUAACGACGGUCUCCGAGAACUCCGAAGCAAAAGAGAAGGCCGACUUGCGCAGGCGCAGCACGAGCUCCUCGAUUCUAGCACCGGCAAGGAAGACCAAGCUGCUCGCCAGAACCUCGACUACGUGGAGGACGACAUUAACAACACAUUCCGCUACCUCCGUGACCUUUUGAAGAAGAUCAAGCAGACCCCUGGAUCCGGCGACUCGCGCGUCCAGACCCAGAUCGAUGUCACCAGCCGUAACCUGCGCAAGGAAAUCGAGCAGUACCAAAAGGCUCAGUCGGAGUUCCAGAAGCGUCUCCAGGAGCAGGUUCGCCGAAGAUAUGAGAUUGCCAACCCCGAUGCUACCCCAGACCAGGUUGAGCAGGGCGUGCAGGCCGUUUUGUUGGGACAGGAACAGAGCUUUCAGUCCACCGGAUUGCGUACCCGACAGGCAAACGACGCCAGACAAGCAGCCUUGGAGCGAUCGACCGCCAUUCGCAAGAUUGAGCAGGAUAUGAUUGAAUUGGCCCGUUUGUACCAGGAAGUUGCCGAAUUGGUUCAGCAGCAAGAACCCGCCGUGGAGCAGAUCAACCAAGGUGCACAUGAUGUUGUUGAGAACGUCGACAACGCCAACAAGCAGAUUGACAGCGCUAUCGUCAGUGCUCGCAACGCAAGGCGGUGGAAGUGGUACAUUUUGAUUGUCAUUAUUCUCAUUAUUGCUAUUGUCGUCGGUGUCGCCGUUGGUGUCACCGAAGCCAACAAAAAGGCCUAA